UACAGCGGUGGACUGUCAGUUUUCUUCCAACGAUUGAGCCUGAGUGGUUGCAGGACUAUAUUGAAAAAAGAUCUUACCGUAUACGUGUGAACCACGGAAAGCAACCCGAGCACGUGCUUUUCCACCCAUCUAUGGUGCACAAUUCGAGAAUUCCUUUGGGCGUGUGGCGCGACAGGCUCACUGGUGAACAAACACGUUGCUGCAAUCAAAGUGGUUCGAAUCUCCUGUACAGUAUAAACUUUUGAGGCUGUUUAUGUAUAUAGUCAUGUUUAUCUCUCACACGGGGAUCAAGAUUAAGACAGUGACGAGUUAUUUUCGUUUGUAUAAAUCCGAUUUAUUUUACGCUUUUCGUAAGCCACCGCUUUAUAAGCACAUCUUAGUCUCGGAUCUACCUAUAUUUCGACAUAUAUAGUAUACUGGCUUCUUUUGCUACUCAAGCAAGUGUAAAUACGGAGAGAAUAUUCCAAGAUAUAUUUCCUUAUAUGUUUGAAUAAACACAGAUUUGUCGAAGAGCGGAAUUGAUCGGGUGAGCAUUUCAGAACUUUCAAAGUUGGUGUAGUUGUGUAAAAACUUUUUUAAUCACAAGACUGAAUUAUUUUUAAAGUUGAAAUCCGUCUAUCGGUCUUCCCGUAGUGUUGGAAAUGUCUAAUAAUACUGUUUAAAUCAUUUAGGAACUUUAGAAUAAAAAAUAUGGACUCAUAUGAGACAGACUCAAAUUUUGAGCCCCAGAUUCGAACUCGUUGUAACACAUGGCCAUUGCCUCGCCCGGAAAAAGACGACGAGGAGAAGCCUACGAUUCCCGCUACAGUCUACGAGCACGCGCAGUCUCCAGCGGAGACAAAUGGUCAGCCACAGCGGAAAAACUCUGCACGCAGAAAUGCAUGGGGAAGCAUGUCGUACGCUGAUCUAAUUACACAAGCUAUACAGGCGUCGCCAGAAAAACGACUAACCCUAUCUCAAAUCUACGACUGGAUGGUCCAAAAUGUGCCCCAUUUCAAGGACAAGGGAGACAGUAAUAGUUCGGCUGGUUGGAAGAACUCCAUUCGUCACAAUUUGUCCCUGCACAACCGUUUCAUGAGAGUACAGAACGAAGGCACCGGGAAGAGUUCAUGGUGGAUGCUUAAUCCUGAUGCCAAGCCUGGUAAAGUUGCUCGUAGGAGAGCCACCAGCAUGGAGACCCCAAAGUACGAGAAGAAACGUGGUCGGGCCAAGAAGAGUGUAGAUACGUUAAGAAGUGGACUGGAGCUUACACCUAGUCCCAACUCAUCUUUUUCAGAAAGAUUGGACACGUUUCCUGAAUCCCCAAUACACCAAACAUUCCACUUAAGUCCAGAUUUCCGUCCAAGUGCAUCCUCCAAUGUCAGUUCGUGCGGUCGACUCUCCCCAGUACAAACUGUAAACACUGACAUGCAGGACAUCCAGGUGUCGCCUCCACCAUGGGGUUCUUGUUUGAGCACCUCGGGUGAUUCUAAAACUUAUGGACAACCCUCUGAUAGGCUCGAUAGGUACUGUGCUGACCAAUUGGUAGGCUCUCUAGAUGGACCCCCCUCUGAUGGACUGGAUAGGUACCGCGCUGAACAACUAGUAAGCUCUCUAAAUGGACCCUCCUCUGAUGGACUGGAUAGGUACCGUGCUGACCAACUGGUAGGUUCUUUAGAUGGACCCUCCUCUGAUAGAUUGGAUAGGUACCGUGCUGACCAACUGGUAGGCUCUCUAGAUGGAACCCCCUCUGAUGGACUAAAUAGGUAUCGUGCUGACCAGCUGGUAGGCUGUCUGGAUGGACCUCUCUCCGAUGGAUUAGGUAGGUACCGCGCUGACCAACUGGUAGACUCUCUAAAUUUAGCGAUGAAGUUGGAGACUGGAGAUAGGUCCUACUUGGUCGAUUGUGGGCUAAGAACCAGUCCAAACAGACAGUUGUCCAGUGGGGUCACUUCUCUUAACAACACUACUUACAAUCUAGGGAUCUAUGGCCAUGGAAAUAACGAUUAUCACUCCUCCUAUCAACCUUCUGGCAGCAAUAGCCCUACUUUAAUACCACUCCAACUUCAACAACAAAGCAUGCAACAUACAUUUAAGGAUAUCUCUUAUACACUGGCCAACUCUCAAACCUUUUGUACCGUCCAGAAAGCACAGUCACUUUCUUCGAGCCAUAGCCUCGGCCAGUUGGCACAACAACAUCAAAAUUCUUCGGGUUUAACUUCAAGAAGGCAAACAAACUCAAACAGCUAUUGCUUCCCUCUAUCAAGAGAUUUCCCUAUUCCAACCUCAUUGAAUCAGAGAGAGAGCAUUCAUGCAACAACGACCUCUUUCGGAAAUACAGCAAGUCAUGUAAUGGGUCAUCUUUUAUCUCUGAACAACGUAAUACCGACCGACCUUGAUCUUAACUUUGAUAUGAUCCAAGAAGGUCUGGAAUGUGAUGUAGAGCAGGUCAUCCGCCACGAAUUAAGCGUAGACGGAAAUUUAGAUUUCAAUUUUGACACCAUGAACACUAAUUCUUCUGUUGUACCUCCUCAUCAAACUACAGUAACGGCAACCAAGGGCACACGACCCUGGGUACAUUAAGUUUCAAUUUAAAUAUUUUGAAUAUUCAGAGGAUACCUAUUUUCUUGUUUAAGGUUAUGCCUAAAACGUAGUUAAACAGCGUACUUCUUUAAGUACGUAAAUGAGCAGUUAAAUGGUUCUUAUUGAAGAUCUACCAAUAUAUUGCUAUCUAUUAUACGGUACCAUCCUGUUCUUUUAAAGUAAAGAGACAUAUAAAACAGCCAUUUCCAAGAGCCUAAUAAACCCGCUUAGUCGCCUGUACUCCUGUGUUGUAUAAUAUAUUGCUCCAUUGUUGUUCGUUACUCUUGAUGAAUCUAUAAGUAUUGCUGUGAUUGCGUUUGUAUAUAAGAUUAUUAAAUUUAUGAGAAAUAUAACUAAAGAUACGAAUUAAAAUUAUAAGAAUUAAAGACGAAAGACUGGUGUUAUCUGACGUGAAUUAAGUUUGGGUAUUUCUAAGACCACUGGACUGUUUGGUUCAUGAAUGUAGAAAAUUGAAUUCAGGCAAGAGGCAGAUAAGAAAGAUUUUUCUUCUGUUACAAGUGUUGUGACUUACACUGUUUUAAAAAUAGUAAUUACUUUUCAAUCCUAGCUCCUCAGGGAGAAAAGAAAGGAAAACAAUAGGUUUCCUUUUUCUUCUAUUUACUUUAUAUUUGGAGUAAUAUUCGCAGUUCUGAUGCUUAUAUUUCUUAAAACAUUCGUACCUGCUUUAAUAUGGCGCAAAAUUCGUGAUCUUGAAUGUUUUAUUUUAGUGUAAAAUGCGUAAUUUUAACUGAUUUAAUUUUACGCAAAAUUCAUGAUUUUGAUUUCAUGUGACAUUUGUAGUUCUGACUGAUUUAAUUUUGCGUUAUUUUGAUUGCUUUAAUUUGAUGUAACAUUGUUAUUCUGACUCCUUUAAUUUUGUGAAACAUCAAUGGCUUUCACUAAUUGAAUUUGGUAUAGCAUUUGUGAUUUUCACUAAUUUAAUGUGUUUGAACAUCCAUGAUUUUAUAAAGAAUUGUAGUUCAUUUCUUAACCUCUUAUUUGAAUUAAAUAUUUCCACUAUGCAUAAUGUCAUAAAUAGAUAAAAUAUUAUGCUGUAUUUUAUACAGUGGUAAUUAUUGAUAUGUUGAAUAUACUUUAAAUUAAGUAAAUUAAACGUGUCUCAAUUUUAGGAUACUAUGUCGUUUUCACCACGCGGUAAAAGUUGAGAUUUGAAACCAAUAUAACUUACAAUAAAUUAAUUCUAUCACCACAAGAUGUCUCAUUCGAGAGUUCUGUGAAUGAUUGUUGGAUGGAGUGAUAAAAACAUAUGGAAACGUUAAAUUCACGCAGUUUUUUGCAGGUCAUAACUUAUAUGAAAUGUUAUUCAAAGUUCUUUACAUAUGUGUUGAAUUAUGUUCCCUUUCCUUGAUGAAAGCAAAACAUUUUUUUUUUUUUU